AUGGGUUUUGAGCCUUUGGUUUGGUAUUGUCAGCCAGUUAAAGGUGGGAUUUGGGCAACAGUGACAGAUAGUGCUUUUGGUGCUUAUACACCAUGUGGCAUUGACUCUGUUGUGGUUUGUAUAUCUCAUUUGGUUCUUCUGGGCCUGUGCUUCUACCGAAUUUGGCUAAUUAGAAAUGAUCUUAAAGUCCAGAGGUACCAACUCAGAUCAAAAUACUACAAUUUUGUGUUGGUUCUCUUGGCUGGUUAUUGUGCUGCUGAGCCUUUGUUUAGACUGGUUAUGGGCAUUUCAUUGUUUAAUUUGGAAGGACAGGCAGGUCUUGCUCCCUUCGAGAUGGUUUCAUUGAUCAUUGUGGCUCUUGCUUGGUGCUCCAUGUUGGUUAUGCUUGGAAUAGAAACUGGAAUCUACAUCAGAGAGUUCCGGUGGUAUGUUCGGUUUGGAGUUGCAUAUGUGUUGGUGGGGGAUGCUGUGAUGCUCAAUCUCAUUCUUUCAGUGACAGAUUUCUACACAGGAUCUGUGCUGCAUAUAUACCUCAUCACACUUUUCAUUCAGACACUAAAAUUUAAAUCCAGAAGGCUGAUGCCAAAUCAGGAUGACUGCAUUGUAUGGAAGCAUAACAUUUUUCAAACCAAAAUGGUUCUGUUUGGAGUGUUUCUUUUUGUUUACAUUCCUCAAUUGGAUCCUUAUCCGGGGUACGUCCCAAUACGGAAUGACCCUCUUAUCGACACCGAGUAUGAAGCACUUCUUGGAGGAGAGCAUGUUUGUCCAGAGAGGGAUGCAAGCAUAUUUUCCAGGAUUUGUUUUGGGUGGAUGACCCCACUCAUGCUGCAAGGCUAUAAAAGACCUAUCACUGAGAACGAUGUCUGGAAGCUAGACACAUGGGAUGAGACUGAGACAUUGAUUAAAAAGUUCCAUAUUUGUUGGGCUGAAGAAUCUCAAAGGUCUAAACCCUGGCUUUUGCGUGCCUUAAAUAAUAGCCUUGGAGGAAGGUUUUGGUUUGGAGGCCUUUUCAAUAUUGGGGAUGAUCUUUCUCAGUUUGUUGGGCCAGUUUUGUUGAAUCAUCUCUUACAGUCAAUGGAACGAGGUGAUCCAGCAUGGGUUGGCUACAUUUAUGCCUUCUCAAUCUUUGUUGGGGUGUCAGUUGGAGUGCUUUGUGAAGCUCAGUAUUAUCAAAAUGUUUUACGUGUUGGUUUCAGGCUAAGAUCAACUUUGGUGGCUGCUGUAUUUCACAAAUCCUUAAGACUAACCCAUGAAGGUCACAAGAAGUUCCCAUCUGGAAAGAUAACAAAUUUGAUGACAACCGAUGCUAAUGCACUUCAGCAAAUAUGCCAACAACUUCAUGGUUUAUGGUCAGCUCCAUUUCGUAUCAUUAUUGCUAUGGUUCUUCUUUAUGAGCAAUUGGGUGCUGCAUCACUUCCUGGAUCCCUAAUGUUAGCUCUAAUGUUCCCCAUACAGGUAACCAUAGUUUUUCCUGCUGCUUUGAAGCUGCAUAAAGGUUUUGUCUUAAUGACAUUUAUCAUAAGCAAAAUGAGAAAACUGUCAAAGGAAGGAUUGCAACGUACUGAUAAGAGAGUUGGGCUGAUGAAUGAAAUCUUGGCUGCCAUGGACACUGUGAAAUGUUAUGCAUGGGAGGAGAGUUUCCAAUCUAAAGUUCACAGCAUCCGGUUUGAUGAACUCUCGUGGUUCCAGAAAGCACAACUACUGUCAGCGUGUAACAGUUUCAUACUAAAUAGCAUUCCAGUGCUUGUGACAGUGACAUCGUUUGGGAUGUUCACUUUGCUUGGAGGAAAUUUGACUCCCUCGAGGGCUUUUACAUCACUUUCUUUGUUUGCAGUGCUACGUUUUCCGUUAAACAUGCUUCCAAAUUUAAUAACACAGGUUGCAAAUGCAAAUGUAUCAUUACAACGACUGGAGGAACUAUUCUUAGCUGAAGAGAGAAUUCUUUUACCCAAUCCACCUCUUGAGCCAGAACUUCCUGCCAUCUCAAUCAAGAAUGGAUACUUUUCAUGGGAUUCUAAGGCAGAAAACCCCAUAUUAGCAAACAUCAAUUUGGACAUCCCAGUUGGUAGUCUCGUUGCAGUUGUUGGUGGUACUGGAGAAGGAAAGACGUCUUUUAUAUCGGCAAUGAUUGGGGAGCUUCCGCCGGUAGCAGAUGCAAGUGUUGUCAUCAGAGGAUCUGUUGCUUAUGUUCCCCAAAUUUCAUGGAUUUUCAAUGCUACUGUACGAGAGAACAUAUUAUUUGGAUCUAACUUUGAACCAACCAGAUACUGGAAGGCAAUAGAUGUAACUGCAUUGCAGCAUGACCUUGACUUACUUCCUGGUCGCGAUCUUACAGAGAUUGGUGAAAGAGGGGUGAAUAUUAGUGGGGGACAAAAGCAAAGAGUUUCCAUGGCUAGGGCUGUAUAUUCAAAUGCAGAUGUAUACAUAUUUGAUGACCCUUUUAGUGCUCUAGAUACCCAUGUUGGUCGACAGGUUUUUAACAACUGUAUCAAGGGCCAGUUGCAAGGGAAAACCAGAGUGCUUGUCACAAACCAGCUACAUUUUCUUCCUCAGGUGGACAAAAUUAUACUAGUAUCUGAAGGUAUGGUCAAAGAGGAGGGAACAUUUGAGGAGCUUUCUAGAAGUGGAACAUUGUUCAAAAAGCUCAUGGAGAAUGCAGGGAAAAUGGAAGAACAUGUAGAUGAAAAGGAAUAUGGUGAUGAAAUGGAAGAUGGAAUUAAUCUUGACUAUAAAUCCUCGAAGCCUGCUGAUAAUGGUGUGCAGAAUGGUUUUCCAAAAAGUGUGAACUCAAAAAAUAAAAGGAAAGAAGGAAAAUCUGUUCUUAUAAAGCAGGAAGAACGGGAGACAGGUGUUGUCAAUUGGAAAGUCUUAAAGAGGUAUAAAGAUGCUUUAGGAGGUUUGUGGGUUGUCAUGAUACUGUUUAUGUGCUACAUUUUAACUGAAGUUCUUCGAGUCUUGAGUAGCACGUGGUUAAGUGUUUGGACAAAACAAAGCAGUCGAAGCAGUUUUGGACCAGGUUUCUUCAUUCUGAUUUACGCACUUAUGUCAUUUGGUCAGGUGAUUGUGACACUGACAAACUCCUUUUGGUUGAUUACAUCAAGCCUUAACGCAGCUAGAAAAUUACAUGAUACCAUGCUACAGUCUGUACUCAGAGCUCCUAUGGUAUUCUUCCAUACCAAUCCAAUUGGGCGGUUAAUCAACAGAUUUGCAAGGGAUGUGGGUGAUAUAGAUCGCAAUGUUGCCAGUCUUAUGAAUUCAUUUCUCAACCAAGUUUGGCAGCUUCUGUCAACUAUUGUGCUGAUUGGCAUAGUGAGCACAAUCUCCCUCUGGGCCAUAAUGCCACUUCUGAUUUUGUUUUAUGCAGCCUAUCUAUAUUAUCAGAGCACGAGCCGGGAAGUAAAACGCUUAGAUUCCAUUACCAGAUCUCCAGUUUAUGCACAAUUUGGGGAAGCACUAAAUGGUUUGUCAACAAUUCGGGCCUACAAAGCAUAUGACUGGAUGGCCAACAUUAAUGGAAAAUCUAUGGAUAAUAAUAUCAGAUUCACUCUUGUCAACACAGGUUCCAACUGCUGGCUUUACAUAAGAUUGGAAACAUUAGGAGGCAUCAUAAUAUGGUUGACCGCAAGCUUUGCCGUCAUGCAGAAUGGAAAAGCAGAAAGCCAGUUAGCAUUCGCAUCUACGAUGGGUUUGCUUCUCAGUUAUUCUCUAAACAUCACAAAUCUACUGAGUAAUGUUUUAAGACAAGCAAGUAGGGCUGAAAAUAGUCUAAAUGCUGUUGAGCGUGUUGGCACAUAUAUAGAUUUACCUUCUGAGGCUCCAGCUAUCAUAGAGAGCCAUCGUCCACCACCUGGAUGGCCUUCAUUAGGAUCGAUUGAAUUUAAAGAUAUUGUCUUACGUUACAGGCCUGAACUUCCUCCUGUCUUGCAUGGAUUGUCCUUCACUAUCUCACCAUGUAAGAAGGUAGGCAUAGUAGGAAGGACUGGGGCAGGGAAAUCUAGCUUGGUCAAUGCUUUAUUUCGGAUUGUAGAACUGGAAGGAGGAAGAAUCUUGAUUGAUGAUUGUGAUGUUGCAAAGUUUGGGUUGAUGGAUCUGCGUAAAGUUUUGAGUAUUAUUCCACAAUCACCAGUUCUUUUCUCAGGGACUAUCCGAUUUAAUCUUGAUCCUUUCAGUGAACACAAUGACGCUGACCUCUGGGAGGCUUUAGAGCGUGCUCAUCUAAAGGAUGUCAUCAGAAUGAAUGCUUUUGGUCUGGAUGUUGAGGUUACAGAGGCUGGGGAGAAUUUCAGUGUUGGACAGAGGCAACUAUUGAGUCUUGGGAGAGCAUUGUUACGCAGAUCAAAAAUUCUUGUUCUUGAUGAAGCCACGGCAGCUGUUGAUGUUAGAACCGACUCACUUAUCCAGAGAACCAUUCGAGAAGAAUUCAGAUCAUGCACAAUGCUCAUCAUUGCUCAUCGACUUAAUACCAUUAUAGAUAGUGAUCAGAUUCUGGUGCUUGAUGCUGGUCAGGUUAUGGAAUAUGAUGCCCCAGAGAAACUAUUGUUGAAUGAAGCAAGUGGUUUCUCAAAGAUGGUUCAGAGUACAGGGGCUGCAAAUGCUCAGUAUUUACGCAGCUUAGUACUCGGAGGAGGAGAAGGAGAGAAUAAGUCCGAGGGAGAAGAGAUAUUUAAUGGGCAGCAGCGGAGACUGGUAGCCUCUUCCCACUGGGCUGCUGCUCUGCAGUUUGCACUUAAUGUUAAUAUGGCUUCCUCACUUCUUCAACCCUCCUUGGAAAUGAUAGAAGAUGAGAACAAUAUUGUCAAGAAAACUAAGGAUGCGGUUGUAACCCUUCACGAAGUUUUGCAUGGGAAACAUGACGAAGUCAUCGAAAAGGCGCUAGAUCAAUACCAGUUUCCUAGAGAAAGAUGGCGGUCAGCUCUCUACAAAGUUAUUGAAGGUCUUGCUAUAAUGAGCAGAUUGACUCACAAUGAGGUUCAACAAUUAGAAAAUAAUUUUGAAGACAGAUCAUGUGGUUGGGACCAUGUUGAAAUGUAGGGAGCAAAUAUUAAUCUGAUUACAUGGGAACUCACAAUAAUUAAAGGAUCCCCAUAUUCAUCUAUCUACUGUCCUGAAGGCUCUCCUUUCUUCCCCUUGUUAUUAGAGGAGCUUUAUAACAUUAUUUGAGAAAACAACCACUCAAACCAGCAUGUUAAGGUUGAUUACCCCUAGAUAUGUUGUAAGGGUGC